AUGAGUGUCACUCCGAGUGUCAAACGUAAGGCCGACGCCAUUGAGGACGAGAUGACGGCUCUGGAGGGCAUGACUUACGAGGAAUACGUGCAGAAAGACAACGAAAAGUUGAGACAAGAGAUGAGGGAAAUGAAGGACACGUUUGAGAGACUGAAGCGACAGAAGGAGAGGUUAGACGAGAGGGUGAGACAGGAGAUGGAGCUGAGGAUGAAGGAGAAGAGGGACUCUGAGACACUGUAUGUGAAUCAGAGACUAGAGUUGGACAAAGCGAAGAGGGAUAAAGUGGUGCUCGAGAAUCAGCUGAAGACUAGGAACGACGAGUUGAGCAAAAUUAAGAGCGCUCUGACCACCAGUACUCCUGAUGUCGAUGACAUCGAGUGCGACAAAUGCGACUUCAAGACCAGAUCGGAGGUGUCGCUCAUCUUGCACACAAUUAACCACAAGUUGUCUCAUCCCAACCAAAGACGACUUAUUCUUCACCCAAAUAUGUUUAGCUCCCGAAACCCCAACUCUUCGUAUCUGUAUAUGUGUCCCAUUUGUGACGGUCAUAUAACCGGCUUUUUAUCACUUAACGGAUCAGCGCUGACCCGCAAUGAGAUAUAUCCGCAUAUCUAUCAGAAUCACACCAAAGAGAAGGCAUACAAAUGCAAUGUUACGCUAUAG